GCAAGCAAGCGAGCGCUUCUGUACGUUUGACGUUUCUCCAUCUGCACAAUGAGUUUCCGUCGCGAGUCCGUGGACUCCUCGGCCGCGGCCUUCCAGGUCAGACACAAGGCUGCCCCUUUCGCCAGCAAGCACCCCAAAGGGUUCGGCGAGAUGGUGCUGGUUGACGGCGUUAGUAUCGAGAAGACGUAUCUGCUACCUGUGCCGAACCUUCGCGAGUGGCUUCCUGAGCAUGACAACCAAGUCUGCAACCGCCGCAAACUCGACACGCAAGCUGAUGACUCGGUCGAACGUAAGAGCACUUACAACAAGAUCAUGGGCGAGACCGACGUGAUCCUGGGCGAUAUCCGCCGCAAUGACUCGCAGGAGGCCGUUUCGCGCGCUUAUGUGCGUGCUGGUCCGCGCGGGAACACGUAUUUCGACCCCGCCAAGGUCAAGGCCGCUGCUGUGACCUGCGGUGGUUUGUGCCCGGGCCUGAACAAUGUUGUGCGCGAUGUGACCCUCGCCUUGUGGAACCUGUACGGUGUCCGCGACAUCUACGGUAUCCGCAUGGGCUUCGCCGGCUUCUACAACUGGACCUCAAUGGACCAGAAGGAGGCCCCCAUUAUGCUGACCCCUAAGAGCGUAGCUAGCAUCCACCACCACGGAGGCACGAUCCUCGGCUCUAACCGUGGCGGCUUCGACCAGGACAAGAUCAUCGACUUCAUGACUACGCAUGGCGUCUCGCAGCUCUACGUGAUUGGCGGUGAUGGUACUCACCGUGCUGCCAACAAGAUAUCGGAGGAAUGCCGUCGCCGCAAGCUGGCAAUCGCUGUUGCCGGUGUGCCUAAGACCAUCGAUAACGAUGUUGAUCUUCUGGACCGCAGCUUCGGUUUUAACACUGCCGUCGAGGAAGCCCAGCGUGCCAUUCGCUCGGCCAGCACGGAGGCUCGUUGCGUGCCCAACGGUAUUGGGGUUGUCAAGCUCAUGGGCCGUAGCGCCGGUUUCAUUGCCGCACACGCCUCGCUCUCCAGUGGUGACGUUAACCUGUGCCUGAUCCCCGAGAUUCCGAUCGAGCUGGAAGGCCCCCGCAGCUGCCUGGACCACCUUGAGCACGUUGUGGAGGAACAAGGUCAUGGUGUGGUCGUCGUCGCUGAGGGCGCUGGUGAAGAGCUGCUAGGCACGUCGGUGGAGGCAGAUGCCGGCGGCAACAAGAAGCUCCCGCCUAUUGGCGCUUUCAUGAAGGACCGCAUCCAGGAACACUUCACCAAGAAGGGCAAGGAGUGCACCGUCAAGUACAUUGACCCCUCGUACAUGAUUCGCUCCGUGCCAGCCAACGCCGCCGACAGUCUGUACUGCAUGCUGCUGGGCCAGAACGCCGUACACGGCGCUAUGGCCGGGUACACCGGUUUCACGGUCGGCCUUAGCGCCAAUCGUGUCGUGUACUUCCCCAUUGAGGCCAUCACACGCAACUCACCGCGCUGCAUGGACCCCUUCGGUCGCACGUGGGAGCGUGUGCUGUGCCUGACGCGCCAGCCCAACACGGCUCGCGAGGGAGACAUCAAGGGCGCCAAGUCUUCUGACUAAGCCAACAAGAAGGCGAGUAGCGCCUGAACUAAGCGUCGUGCUUGGCAAUAUAUCAACACCUUGUUCCAGUUCC